AUGAGAAAUACACGGAACAUUUUUGAAGGCCUCGUGGCGUUUCCUAUUACUCCUACGGAUUCGCAUGGCAUCGUCAAUACUGCCACACUCGGGCGAAUUAUUGAGAGGCUGGAUAUUCCGGGUGUUGAUUCGAUUGGAUUGUUGGGGAGUACGGGGACCUACAUGUAUCUGACAAGAGAGCAACGCAAGCGGGCAUUGAACGCGGCCAUACAAACUCUGCAAGGCAGAAAACCACUUAUUGUUUCUGUUGGUGCACUUCGUACAGGCGAUGCACAGCAAUUGGCCAAGGAUGCUGAAGAAGCGGGCGCCGAUGGGCUGCUACUUGCACCUGUCUCAUACAAUCCGUUGAGUGAAGAGGAAGUCUACCAGCAUUACGAGUCGAUCACUGGUUCAACCACGUUACCCCUCUGUAUCUACAAUACUCCGAGCACGACGCACUUUACCUUCAGUGACACACUUCUUGCUCGCAUUGCAGGGCUGCCAAAUGUCGUUGCGCUUAAGCAACCCGCCCCCGCUUCUGAGGUGACAGAAAGACAUGAAGCACUUCGCGCAAAGCUUCCGUCUGGCUUUUCUAUCGGAUACAGUGCGGACUGGCUGGUGGCUGACUCGCUUUUGGCAGGAGGCUCUGCAUGGUACAGUGUGAUUGCGGGAGUACUCCCCGCACAAUCAGUCGCGCUGAUGGCUGCCAUUCGCAAAGGAGACGAUAUCGAAGUGAGGCGUAUCUCGGCUCUUUUUCAGCCAAUGUGGGACCUAUUUGAAGAGCUUGGUGACCUCAAGGUGGCUUUCGCACUGGCUAACGAGCUUGACCUUUGCAAAGCAGCGCCCCCUCAGCCUAUUCUCCCCAUAGCUGCUUCACAUCACAAUCGGAUUCGCUCUGCGUUGGCGACGCUGAAUGAAGGCAUGAAGGGGAUGCCUUGGAAAAUAUGA